AUGGACUCAAUCGCGAACUGGGCCCGCCAAGGCUCCCUCUGGCCCAUGACUUUCGGCCUUGCCUGCUGCGCCGUGGAGAUGAUGCACCUGUCGACACCACGAUACGAUCAAGAUCGCAUGGGGAUCAUCUUCCGUGCCUCGCCUCGCCAAUCCGAUGUCAUGAUCGUUGCUGGAACACUCACAAACAAGAUGGCUCCUGCACUACGUCAAGUCUACGACCAGAUGCCUGAUCCGCGAUGGGUGAUAAGCAUGGGUAGCUGUGCCAAUGGCGGUGGCUACUACCACUACAGUUACUCAGUCACAAGAGGUUGUGACAGGAUCGUGCCGGUUGAUAUCUACGUUCCUGGAUGCCCGCCCACGAGCGAGGCGCUCAUGUUUGGUAUCUUCCAGCUUCAGAAGAAAAUGAGGCAUACGAAGAUCUCGAGGAUGUGGUAUCGGAAGUAG